GCUAAAUCAAACUGAAUGAGAGUUAAUUUAAGUUAUGUGUUUAUUGUCCAUCAAUAUUUUUAAAUUUCUAUGUUUAUAUUUUACAAAGUGCUGCUUCCAGACCUCCAGCCUGCAUUGUGUGUAUAUUGCGUGUAUGUUGUGUGAAUGUUGCGUGUAUAAUGCGUGUAUAUUGUGUGGGUUUUGUGUGUAUGUUGCGUGUAUGUUGUGUGAAUGUUGCGUGUAUAAUGCGUGUAUAUUGUGUGGGUUUUGUGUGUAUGUUGCAUGUAUGUUGUGUGUAUAUUGUGUAUAUAUUGUGUGCAUUUUGUGUGUAUGUUGUGUGUAUAUUGUGUGUGUAUAUUGCGUGUAUAUUGUGUGUGUAUAUUGCGUGUAUGUUGUGUGUAUAUUUUGUGUGUAUGUUGCGUGUAUAUUGUGUGUGUAUAUUGCGUGUAUAUUGUGUGUGUAUAUUGCGUGUAUGUUGUGUGUAUAUUGUGUAUAUAUAUGUGUGUAUGUUGUGUGUAUAUUGUGUGUAUAUUGCGUGUAUGUUGUGUGUAUAUUUUGUGUGUAUGUUGCGUGUAUGUUGUGUGUAUAUUGUGUGUAUGUUGUGUGUAUAUUGUGUAAAUAUUGUGUGUGUAUGUUGCAUGUAUAUUGUGUGUAUAUUGUGUGUGUAUGUUGUGUGUAUAUUGUGUAUAUAUUGUGUGUGUAUGUUGUGUGUAUAUAUUGUGUGUAUAUUGUGUAUAUAUUGUGUGUGUAUGUUGUGUGUAUAUAUUGUGUGUGUAUGUUGCGUGUAUGUUGUGUGUAUAUUGUGUAUAUAUUGUGUGUGUAUGUUGCGUGUAUAUUGUGUAUAUAUUUUGCGUGUAUGUUGCGUGUAUGUUGUGUGUAUAUUUUGUGUGUAUGUUGCGUGUAUGUUGUGUGUAUAUUGUGUAUAUAUUGUGUGUGUAUGUUGCGUGUAUGUUGUGUGUAUAUUGUGUAUAUAUUGUGUGUGUAUGUUGUGUGUAUGUUGUGUGUAUAUUGUGUGUGUAUGUUGCGUGUAUGUUGUGUGUAUAUUGUGUGUGUAUGUUGCGUGUAUGUUGUGUGUAUGUUGUGUGUAUAUUGUGUGUGUAUGUUGCGUGUAUGUUGUGUGUAUAUUGCGUGUGUAUGUUGCGUGUAUGUUGUGUGUAUAUUUUGUGUGUAUGUUGUGUGUAUAUUGUGUUUGUAUGUUGCGUGUAUGUUGCGUGUAUUUUGUCCUCCAUCAUGUUUGAACUUUGGCCGAGUCUCUGUGGUUCGUGUUCAUGGUGUUGAGUCGCGUGUCCUCAGCGUUCGUCCUGCACUCAGACGCAGAGGAGAGACGAGAGCGAGAGAGCGAUGGAAUAAAAGAGAGGCAGAGACGAGAGACGGAGACGGUCACGUCCCGAUCGGAGCUCCUCACAGGACUGGCCUCCGCGGCAUCGCUCCGUUUCACACAAAACUCCAGAAAAUCCCGGAGGACAGUGACAACGCUGGUGCAGAACACACACUCCACCGUUCUGACAGCGCAGCAGCACGUCGUCACACACUCGAGCUGAGAAGAGAAAUGAGAAACACACACUCGUGGGAGCGGUUAUGAUGAAAGCGUGUAAGAUCAGAUCGGAGGAAAACAUCACGACUGAGAGCUGGGAUAUAAAUGUUCAUUAUCUGUUUGUUUGUUCAUCUGAGAUUAAACACUACUUCAGGCUGGGGCGUCGGUAACGGACGGCUGGAUUGUGCACCACAUGAAUAUGUAAAACAGUGGGCGGAGUCCAUGCAAAUUAGAUCAAUUUAUCACCUUCAGCCUGAAAGUCACUUCAGGAGCAGGUGGUGCGUUCAAGUCACGUCGGAAAGAUCGUAUUUACGAGUCGAACACGACAUGAAUGCGAGCAGAAAGUCGUAAUUACGAGUGGGAACCUCGAGUUUCCGUGUUGGGGGCGUGUCAGUAAAUAAAACAUGGUGGAAUCAACGGAUGCAACGUGUGUAGUUGACGAUAACUGCUGAAAUUGAAUGUUUACCGAAAUACAAGCAAAGCGCUUAACACGUAAUUAAGAGAAGGUACACCGCCAUGUCGCUCCGAGCAGCGUGACCCUGACGACCCGGACGACCCGGACGACCCGGACGACCCUGACGACCCUGACGACCCGGAAGACCCGGAAGACCCUGACGACCCGGAAGACCCGGAAGACCCUGAUGACCAGGACGACCCUGACGACCCUGACGACCCGGACGACCCUGACGACCCUGACGACUCGGAAGACCCUAACGACCCGGAUGACCCGGACGACCCUGACGACCCGGACGUCCCUCCCAGGAAGACUUGUAUGCUCCAGUAGACGGUAAAUGAAUACCACUGAAGGGCAGAUUAUUCUUCACGCCGGAGGUGGAACUGAUGUCAGGACGCCAUUAUAAGCAAAUGAAAAAUGGUGUCUUCACUGAUGAGGAAUGCUUUGUCUCCCACACUGACGUAGCUGUCACAGUUUCCCAUCAGCCACUGCACAUCACCGGAUCACGGCACGUGAACGUCUGCACCUCUGUCACGUUUUCGUUACGUGUUAAAGUCACGUCUUGCACCUCUAUUAUAACCGCCUGGCGUUUGUCUUACGUUGCCGUUACGUGGUUGUGUUGUUGUGUUGUGUUCGUGCGGGUUUUCUGCCUUGAGAUCCUCCACCACGUUGUUGUGUGUCUAAGCCUCACGUUAUCUGUAUCGCUCUUUUUAUUUUUUUUUUCAUUAAAACUCGAAUCUGCA